UGGAAAAAACACACAGCCCUAUUAGCCUAUAGCAGCAGAUUAAUACAUGUCAGGAUGAUAGCAGGGAAUCGAUUAAUCAUCGGGCACGGGCUGGCAGACCGGAAAUUUAGUUUUAUUUACUGGAGGGCGCUACUUUUCUCCUCAGAUGAGAAAUGACUCCAGCGGUGGCCAGGCGUUUAUUUGUUAUCUGAGAGUCGUCGUAGCUGACUGGCUAGCUGGCUAACUACCUCAUACCAACUCACAACGAGCUAGCUACUUAACGACAGAAGUGUGAAAACAUACUGUAAAAAUCCGGCUUUGUCGGGCUGUGCUCAAAACACUUGACAAUGAAUGGCCUUUCUGUGAGUGAGCUGUGCUGCCUGUUCUGUUGUCCACCCUUCCCUAGCCGCAUUGCUGCCAAACUUGCCUUCCUGCCCCCUGAGCCCACCUAUGCCCUCCUGCCCGAUCUAGAGGCCGGGCCUGCACCGGCCGUACCCACAGGGACGUCGGGCCUACGCCCCCGGGGAGGAGAAGGAGGAGGAGGAGGAGGAGGUGGUGGGAGUUUGGUGGGGGGAGGGAAUGCCCCAGGGGAGGGUCGCUGGAAGCUCCAUCUCACAGAGAGGGCGGAAUUCCAGUAUGCCCAGCGAGAACUGGAUGCCACAGAAGUGUUCUUGACUCGCUCUAGUCGGGGUAACAGAGUGGGCUGCAUGUAUAUCCGAUGUGCCCCCUCUGCCAGGUUCACUGUCCUGUUCUCCCAUGGUAAUGCAGUGGAUCUAGGCCAGAUGAGCAGCUUCUAUAUUGGCCUGGGCACUCGCAUCAACUGUAACAUAUUCUCGUAUGAUUACUCCGGCUAUGGGGUCAGCACAGGGAAACCAUCAGAAAAGAAUUUGUACGCAGAUAUAGAUGCAGCGUGGCAGGCUCUACGCUCACGAUAUGGCAUCAGCCCAGAGAAUAUAAUACUGUAUGGACAGAGCAUCGGCACGGUGCCCACGGUGGACCUGGCAUCCCGAUACGAGUGUGCGGCUGUUAUUCUUCACUCCCCUCUAACCUCUGGCAUGAGGGUGGCCUUCCCCGACACUAAGAAGACUUACUGUUUUGAUGCAUUUCCCAACAUUGAGAAAGUGUCUAAAAUCACAUCUCCCGUGUUGAUCAUCCACGGUACGGAGGAUGAGGUGAUAGAUUUCUCCCACGGCCUGGCCCUGUACGAGCGCUGCCCCAAAGCUGUGGAGCCGCUGUGGGUGGAGGGAGCCGGACACAACGACAUCGAACUGUACAGCCAGUACCUGGAACGCCUGCGACGAUUCAUCGGUCAGGAACUGGCUGCACAACACGCCUGAGCUCUCCAUCUCCCUUGCUCCCUCUUUCUAACUCGUCUUCCCACCAUCUCCCAGUCUGAGUGAAAUGGAUGCAUCAGUAACUUAUGGAAGGCUGCAAUUUGUAUGGACGACUAUUAUCGGAGCAGCUCAACAUGGAUGCUCCGCUGCUUGGAUUUGUUUUCUCAAGUGUUUUUUGUUUUCCCCCCUCUUCAAUUUGUCGUCAUCGCGUGCGUGCGUGCGUGCGUUGCGUAUGCGUGUACAUGUGAACUCUGGGGGAUGGAAGGGCAAUUCCUCUGGGGCAAGAAUGGAUGGAUGCCUCUCUGCUCCUGAAACAGUGAAAUGAGGAAAUAAGCCAGACACAGCCCUGUACCUCCAACCUGACUUCCUUUCUCUGAAUCUGAGCAUUCGUUCUGUUGUCCCUUCUCCAAUCUGCUCCCAUGAUGCCUCAGCCGAGAGAUCUUCACCUCAUACUUGUCAUCAGACAACCUAAAAUGGCACAAUUUCAGUGCCAGCAUGCCUGGCAAAGUUCCAAACCUGGGUGAAAAUCUUUGACCCUGCAAUGGAUCAGAAUAAACAGGAUGUUGGUGGUGGAUAUCAGAGUGGGUUUUGAAGCAUCGCACAUUGGUGCCAUGACGCCCACCUCCCCUUUUUCAUUAAUUUACAUGACAAUUUGGCUUCCCCUGGUUGGUUCUUCUGCCCAGGUCUGUGGGGUCCAUUAUCUCACUGACCUCCAUGCACUGACGUAACCCUCUGAUUAGGUUCUCUUUGUGUAAAAGAUUAACUGACUUUGGGUGAGAUGAUACCUGAUUAUCUGUACUGCUCCAGGCAGGGAAAGCUCGAAGGCUGGGACAUUUCCUUUUUGUCCCUAGCACAUCAGUCCAUUUUCUCUCUAUCUCUCUACCUUUUCUUUUUGGCAUACAAGGGUGUCCAUAGCACCCUGAGGUGAAAGAAACUGGGAAGGCAGCUCACUCAUGUUUCAAUGAAACCACUGUGGUUUGGAUCAUCACAUGAUAUGGAGUACACCUGCUGCUCUCUUUUAAACAGGUCUUGUGUCUGUAAAUAGAAUAAUUGUGUGGAUUAAACAAGUAAUGCACACAACACAGGCAGUAGUCAGAGCUGAAAACAGAAAUCACUUUUGAAGAUGUGGCAAUGACAUACAACUCCCAACCAGUUUUUCCUGUUCGAAGUCUGACAUCAGGUAUAUGUCCCUGCCUUAAAAUUGUUACAUCUACAGAAUGUAUUCUUGAAACAUUUUCCCUUUUUCACUCCAUUUGAAAUAUCUGGUUGGUGGCACAUGGUGUAAUCCAUCUAAUAAUUUUCUGAAUGAAGCAUAGGCUGAGGGCAUAUUUACAACUGUGAAAAUUGACAAUUGUUUAAACUGACCGUGAAUUUGCAACAAUGAGGUCACUUAACCUGUUUUGUUAUAUGGCUUCCUUUUCUGUCUAUCUUCAAUGGGAAUUUCUCAAUGUUGUGGAUGCAACAGACUCUUACAGCUAUCAUGUUUUCUGUUGUAUAGAAAGAUAAAAUACCAAUAGGUUGAAUUGUACUUGGAAAUCCUGAAAAUAAUAGUGCUGGAUGAAUACAGAUCAUUCAGUGACAUGUUUUUCUCUCAGAAUAAGCUUUUCAACUGUGAAUUAUCAAGAGAACUUGCUGCUACAGAUCACGAUGUAAUGGUCUCAAAACAACCUUUUGUUGUUUUCUGAUGCAUCAAAGACUACAGAGCCUUUUUAGAGAGAUAAGACAUCACUUCCCCAUGCCGGCAGGAUUCAUUCUUGUCUUCUUAUAAGGGACAGAUCAUCCUUAUAUUAAAAUUUAAUUCUUUACUCACUCAUGUUGUUCCAAACUUGUAUGAUAUUUUUUCUUCAAUACAAACACCAAAUGUUAUAUUAUGCAAAAUGUUAGCCUUGGUCACCAUUCAUUUUCAUUGUAUGGGAAAAAAGAUGCAAUUAAAAUCAGUGUUGACUAGAGUUAGACUGAUAUAUCUGUGCCGAAAGUUGCUUUUUGGAACUAUCAGUUAUCGGAAAAAAUCUCUACUGAUAAUAGCUGAUUUUUUUAAAAAUUGUUCCUCAUUCAUAAACCUCAUUCUGUGAAAUAAAUAUAUACAGUAAAUAGCUCUGGAAAAAAUUAAGAGACCACUGCAAAAUUAUCAGUUUCUCUAGAUUUACUAUUCAUAGGUAUGUCUUUGAGUAAAAUUAAACCUUUUUGUUUUAUUCUAUAAAGUACUGACAACAUUUCUCCCAAAUUCCAAAUACAAAUAUUGUCAUUUAGAGCAUUUAUUUGCAAAAAAUGACAACUGGUCAAAAUAUCAAAAGAUGCAGUGUUUUCAGACCAUGAAUAUUGCAUAAUAACUUUUAAACAACACAAUACUAAUGUAAUAGCUUAGGAAGAGUACAGAAAUCAAAAUUUGGUGGGAUAACCAUGAUUUUCAAUCACCUCUUUCCUGCGUCUUACCAUUAGACGACCAGGUGGAGGGUUGUGAUGAUCUUGGGAUGUUUCUGUAAGGCUGGAAUUGGGUAGAUUCAUCUUUGUGAAGGACACAUACCUCUAAAUAGUAAAUCCAGAGGAACUGAUAAUUUUCUGCUGUGGUCUCUGUAUAUAUUGGUAUAUACAUACAUACAUGUAUUGUAACUCUUCAGCUGGUGAAAAUAUAUAUAUAUAUAUAUAUAUAUGCUUAAUUUGGUAAAUACUAACAUGUAGAGCAUUGAAACUAAACAAGCCUGAAAUACACUAGGAUCUUGGCUCAUAGUUAAAAAUUCCAGCGUUAUGCACCAAAACUGAUUUUUUUUGUGGUUAUUAUAGUUAUUAUUAUAACAUUGGUUGCGCACUAAACUGCUUUUGGGAUUUUAUUCAUUUUUGACUUUUGUAACCUCAGAGACUAUGCCUGUCAUUGUAAGGAAAGACUAAGGAAUAUUUCAGAAUUCUAUGAAUUGAUAAAAAUAAACUAUCAGCCAAUUAAUCGAUUAUCUGCAUUUUCCACCACCUUGGUUAUCGGUUAAGUCCACUGUCAGUCGACUAAUGUUGACUGAAGCUAACAUUCUGCCUAACAUCUCCUUUUGUGUUCCAGAGACAAAAUAUAGUCAUAUGGGUUUAGAACAACAUGAGGUUGAUUAAAUGGCAUAAUUUUCAUUUUUGGGUGAACCAACUGUUUAACAUCUUGGGCUGUGGCUUUAUAACUCUUCUUUUAAACCUGAUAUCUUUCUGAUCACCCAAAGGACCUUUCUUGUGUUUAACUCCCCUGGGUCUAUUCAUGUGUUUCACCUCACUUCCACUACUACACAAAACACAGUGAUCACUCUGUAUGUACAAUCUUCAGAAAAAAUACACUCAACUGGUUUGUAUGUAAUGACCAAAGCCUGAUUCCAACAACUCUGAUUCCAUGUUUCAUCAUGUAUUUAGGUUUGUAUUUUGUGGUUGAACACAACAGGGAUUGUUCAUUCACCAUUCUAACCAAAGAUGACAGGUGUUGGAGUUGUAAUGGCCUCCCACUGCCAUUUGUCACCACUCAGAUGUGGCUUGGAGGAGGAGAGGGGCGGAAUGGGCUGUGCAGACAGAGCCAUGUCUCACAAUACAGGCUGCUGUUGAAGCUGCCAAGGGUAAGUUUUGUGUAGACAGUUGGGAGUGUGUGUUCCUCUAGUGAGACACAAGUGUUUGGAGGGCUGAAGCAACAGACUUGGAAGCAAAGGACUGAAGAUAAGGAUGCUUAACAUGUGCAUACAGGAGGGGAGGAAGUUGGAAUGGGAUGGGGCUGGAGGUACCCAGAGACUCCAUCCCAACACAUUAGCUUGUUUCGAAAUAGCAUACUAGCAAACUAUUCUUACUAUAAGAUUGUAAGGGUAUUAUAGAAGUAUGCUAUUCUGAAAAUAGCUAUUGAUUCAACUCUUUAAAAAAAAAAUAGAAAAGUAUUUUCUUUUUUAAAGAAAAUAAGUUAUAUAAAUGUAUUUUUAAAGCUAUCAGAUGUAUGUACUGUAUAACAUUGUUUGAGUUAAUCUAGAUGUUUGAGAAUAUGUUUUUUUUUAAUCUUAAUUGGUUGGGAGCAAAUGUAAAUGGGGUGUUACAGUUCUAUCCUUUUAUGCAUUAUUCUAAUGUUGUUGUUAUUAGUUUUAAAGAUGUCUUUUUCCUUUUCCAAAAUUAAUUGAAAAUAUGAGAUCACAGAAAAUAAAAUUAUGAAUUGAUAA